AUGCAUGAUUACAGCAUGUUUGAUAAGGUAUUUUGGACCUUCCCUACCUGUGUGGAGGCUUUCAAACAUUGCAAGCCAUUUGUCUCCGUUGAUGGCAUGCAUCUGUUUGGGAAAUAUGGUGGUGUCUUGCUUAUUGCAGUGGCACAAGACGGUAACAGCAACAUCCUUACUCUAGCCUUUCCAAUUGUUGGGUCUGAGACCAUGGAGUCUUGGUCUUUCUUCCUAAUCAAUUUGAGGCAACAAGUGACCCCACAGGAAGGCAUGUUGAUUGUUUCUGAUAGAUCCCAAACGAUCAAGGCUGCACUGAGAACUGACGAUAGUGGGUGGCAGUCUCCUAGAGCAUUUCAUGCUUAUUGUAUUUGGCACAUCGUGACAAACUUUAUGUCUCGUUUCAAGUAUGCCGAGGAAAAGCGGUAUCUCAUAAAUACAGCUUAUAGUCCAAGUAAGGUUGGGUACGAGUGGUACAUGGAUGCAUUGAGGGGUUUGUCACAAGAGAUGGUGGACUGGGCUAGUAGGUUUAACAAAGAGAUCUGGCUACAACAAUGCGACGGAGGUAACUGGUUUGGGCACAUGACGACGAACCUCUCCGAGUGCAUGAAUGUUAUGCUUAAUAGUACACGCUAUUUACCGAUUUCAGCCAUCGUGUGA